CUCUCUUUCUUGUCAUACUCCCGAAGCCAGCAUAUCCAUAUGAACUCCUCCUCCACUGCUGCAAUAUCGUCCAACGGAUGAGCCUACGGUGAUUGCACAGCAUACCCGUCACUUUAAUUGAACCAGCUUUCCUUUCCCAUACCAUAUUUUGUAAACGCCUCUCGCGUCAAGAAUCCCAGCAUGUCUUCGUCUCCAAGUCCCGAUGCUGCUGGUGCAGGUGGCGGUGGUUCUGUAUGUUCUCCCUUCUCCCAAAUCGUUGUAUAGAUACCAAUACUUUCCUAUCAGCCGACCGGAGAAGCCCCCCAGGACCCUCCGUAUGCUCCUCAAAAUGCCCUUCUCGGUGGUCUCCCUACCAAGGAUCUAGAUGAUACCAUCACCGUCGUUUUCCUGAUGCUUUUCGUUCUCGGAGCCAUUGUCCACAUGACCAUUCUGCAACUCAACCAACGCCUGGGAAGGAAAUUCCUCAUGUCGGGUCUGAUAUUUGGUUUCUGCAUGGCUCGUAUUGCGGCAUGUACCAUGCGACUCGUUUGGGCAUCAUACCCAUCCAAGAUCCCCGUAGCCAUCGCGGCCAAUAUCUUUGUACAAGCUGGUGUGAUUAUCCUGUUUAUCAUCAACCUGGUUUUCGUCCAGAGAAUUUUGCGAGCUUCAUAUCCGCAAUGGGCGUGGAAGAAAUGGUUCUCGCUACUAUUCAAGGCCUACUUCGCUACCAUUGUCAUCGUCCUGAUAAUUAUCAUCACGGUUACUGUGCAAAGCUUUUAUACGCUCUCCACCAACACACGUCGAAUCGACCGAGAUAUUCAGCUUUUUGCAGGCACCUAUUUUGCAGUCGCUGCCUUUCUUCCACUUCCAAUUCUUCUGCUCAAGCUACUGGUUCCCAAAGAGGGCCGCGUGGAGAAAUUCGGAGAAGGAAGAUUUAGAACUAAGAUAUGGGUCUUAGUAUUUGCUAGUGCCAUCUUAACAGUUGGAGCCGGCUUCCGAACCGUAACAAACUACUUUACUCCUCGCCUUCGAACAGAUCCAGCCUGGUAUCACUCGAAAGCAUGCUUCUACUCAUUUAACUUCGCCAUCGAGAUCAUCGUCGUCGGUCUCUACGCCGCAGUCCGAGUCGACAAACGAUUCUUCGUCCCGAACGGGAGUCACGGUCCUGGAGACUACCUUCGACCCGACGACUUCGUCAACGAGAAGAAAGACGGACUACCUCGCGGCACUCUGUGUGACAGCGAAGAACAAGUCUUCCACGAUGCACCAGCCGCCACGCUCACAGACGAAGAGCACAUUCUCGAUACCGAUAAGGAUCCCAAAGUUAGCAAGAGCAGCAGGGCUACCAGAGCUUCGUACAUGUCAUCUGGAACGAACACCCUUUACGAACCAGACAAACAGGAACUUCCCAACAGACCACCCCAGGAUGUAUUUGAGAAUCUCGAGCGAAAGCAGCGGAAGAGUCUCCGUGCUUCGCGUAUCAAUACCGGGAUGGAGACGGUAUUCGGUGAGGACGUUCCGACAUUGACCUCCACCACCGUAGCGGGUUCUGCGACGGAUUCCCCGAUUGAGACGUUGCCUGUGAUUCACAGGUCUUCGUUUGUGGAAGAGGUGAUGGAGCAUGCUAUGUGAGGAAGUUCGAUCUAAUUCAUCGCUGAUGAAAUGUCGGGAAGUUUCUCUUUUUAACUCCCAAAUUUCAAAAUGGAAGAAUCAUAUCGCUACUCUAAUCUAAGAACCCGCCUCACGACAUUCUCGUUGUUAUAUCUCCCCUCACCCUUUCACAAUCCUCGUAUCAUUAGAGCCAAAACGGCGACACCUCUUAAGUAUUGCGUGCGUCGAUUUGUACUGUAUGAAAUGUAUAUAUGCGAAUGACGGACAGAUAUGAGAACACGAUUUCUUUGAUUCGAAGCCGAGAAAUCGGGGC